AUGGGUUGUCCGUACAUCCGCAAUCCGAUUGACAUAGAAGAAGAAAUAAUCCGCAAUGCCUUACGUCGGGAGAGGAUUGUCAGACCGCGAUUGGAUGUGCUGUCAUUACCAGAAGAAUAUCUGUUGGAACGGUAUCGAUUUUCAUCAACCUCCAUCAUUUACCUCAAUAACAUACUCCGGCCAUACAUAUCCAAUCUCACACAGUGCGGACGUGCGCUCACAGCAGAGCAAAUAUUGUGCAUCGCGCUGCGUUUCUACGCCAAUGGAAGCUUCCUCUACAAUAUUGGCGACGCAGAACACGUCGGCAAGGCAACGGUGUGUAGAGCAGUCAGGAAUGUCACCCUCGCACUUAAACGCCUCUUGUCUGUCAUGGUAGUGUUCCCUGGGCACAAACCUAUAGGAAAUAUCAAAGAGGAAUUCCACAGGAUUGCAGGGCUGCCAAAUGUGAUUGGAUGUGUAGAUGGCACACACAUCCCUAUCACUGCUCCUGCAGAGAAUGAAGGGGACUAUGUGAACAGGAAAUCCUUUCAUAGUAUCAAUGUCCAGAUCAUAUGUGAUGCAGCCAACCUCAUCACCAAUGUGGAAGCCAAGUGGCCUGGCUCUGUACAUGAUUCCUGGGUCUAUCGAGAGUCUAGCCUGAGCAACACAUUUGCACGUGGAGAGUUUGAUGGCUACCUACUGGGGGAUAGAGGCUACCCAUGCCAGCCCUCUCUGUUGACCCCUUACCCUGACCCUGAGCCUGGGCCUGGGCCCCAACAACAUUUUAAUGUGGCCCACUGCAGGACUAGAGCCUGGGUUGAGAUGACCAUAGGCAUAUUCAAAUCCCGGUUCCAGUGCCUGCGUAAGCUCAGGGUGACCCGAGAGAGGGCAUGUGACAUCAUUGUGGCAUGUGUUGUUCUCCAUAAUAUUGCCACUAUUAGAGGAGAGCAACACCCUGCCGUACAGAGCCAUGACGCUGAUGAUGACCAUCCCAUCCACCCUGCAGAUGUCCAGGAUGGAAGGGCUGUCAGAGACUUAAUUUGUCGGAACUAUUUUUGA